CCGUCAUCGAAAGCUCAUGCUGGAAUAUGUUUCGUCGAGACGAUAAACUCAAGAAAGGCGGAACGGCCCGAUCCAGGACGGACAUCGUCGAGGAAGCGAGGAAGUUGCGCAUGGAGCGAGAGAAGAGGCGAUACACGGAGCGGCAUGUGAUUGCGGUGCAAGCGGUGGUUCGCGGCCAUCUUGCGCGGUUAUCGUUCCAGCAGCAGCUGCGCGAAGAUGUGGAUCGAAAGCUACAAGACAUCGCCACCCUCAAGCAGAUGCUUCAGAAGGAGUUUAUUCUACCCUCGUCUGUCAUUCUACCCCUUGUUUCGUCCGUCUUAUUUGUUGCAAAGUUGCGAAGAUCGAAAUCCACAACGAGAAUAGAUGCGACCGAUGCCACCAAGUUCGAGCACGUUGUCGGAUUGUUGCAAUCGAAUUGGAUCCUUUCUGGGGACUCAUAUCCAGCUGCAUUUGGAAACAUGUCGAUUGCCACUUUGAAGCACGUCCUUGCUGGUUGUUUUCAACUUGGAUCGGCGCAAACCCUCGAGUUUGUCGAAGCACUCGUGGGGUGCCAUUCCACGAGUACACGUCCACCGUCCGCUCACACAUUAACUGUUCCAUACCAAGCGAUGAUAAAAAUCUUGACGUAUGACACCUUCGCUCCAAUCGAUCAGCCAUGGUGGACCAUGCCGCCUCGCCUCGAGUUUACUGUGUUCAUGCGGCAUGCCUUGAUAGCAGCUCAAGCCGUGAAUGUGUCGUGGUGGCGCUUGGUUUUACACCUCGUUCAGCAUGCUCCAUCCCCUGACGACAAGUCUACCAUUCUCCAUGCACUGCUUUGCAAUAUCUUGACCGUACCAAACAUGCGCGUCCCGCCGACUUGGUUGACGCAGUUGCAUCAACUCUGGCCAGCCCUUGUCACCGUCCCGCUGGACCUUUCACGAUGCCCACCAUCACCGAUACCUGGCAUUCCAUGCUCGGUGUUCUUACUUGCAAAUGGCCUCGAAAUACUGCAAACAUCGCUGAGGUCGUCGACGACGGAAACCCUGCCGCAAGAUCUCGCGUGGAUCAGUCAGCUACUGGCUGUCAUUCCGGAAGAAUCAUUCAGCUUGGAACCGUUGACGUGGAUGCAUAUCUCCACGUCGCACUCCGUCCCCGUCAUGUAUCCACCAGCGGUCGUUGCCCAAUUGAGAAUCAUCCAUUUGCAGAUGCGGCAAUGGUGCGGGGAGUGCUUUACCGUGAACCCGGAAGGGCUCCGCAGGCCGCUCUCGACCGUGGUCCCUGCCCCAAUGUUCCCUGAAGCUGCAACGAAUGAAGACCAGUAUGGGUUUGGGUACAUUGCUCAGCAGGGGUCGUUUUCGAUCUUGCGACGGUUCUGGAAGAAGAAGACCCAGUGGACGACCAAGCUGAUGCAAAAUCUGAACCUGUUCAAGUCGGAGCGGCCUCCUCGUCGACCAUCUACCGCGCAGGACUCACCAUCCCACGUACCAGAUGUCGCUCCGUUCCGCAAUGCUGCUUUCACGUCCCUCGUGCGACUCUGUGGCUUGUUUCUGUGGCGAUGGAAGUCCACUGACAAGAAGAACUCCCCCGAAAUGCUCAGCUUUCUCAGCUUCUAUCGAUCUGCCCACGGGACGUCGCUCGUCACGACCUUGUGGACGUACUUCCAGGAAACGCACGACGUUGAUGCGACUGCGCAGUCGUUGCUUCUCGAGCGAGCAGCGCCAUGCGACCCCACGGCUUGUCUCUUGCUCACGUUUGCACUGACAUACAACAACCUCUUGAUCGUCCUCCACGACAACGAGAUGCAUGAGCAAGGGUUCCCUCUUCCACUGGCCGAAGUCGAACGCGUUGUCGUGUUUUUCAAACACGUCCUCUACCGACGAUACUGGCUUGCUCCCCGUACGCAAACCACCCAUCCGUUUGGCGAGUACGCUGUCGAUGCCGCGACGUGGCUACUGCAGUCUCUGUACAACCGGUGCUCUCGCCGCCCGUUUUCCAAUGUCACGAGCUGGAUUGUCAAGGACUUGGAUGGUGACGACAUGCUUGAGAGUGUGCUGAACGAAGACCCAAAAGGCCAAAUGCUCUUGCGCCAAAUGCCGUACUUGCUACCGUAUGCAGAUCGCGUACGGCUGUUCCAAGCGCUCUUGAAGCUCGAGCGAGAGAGGCAUCAGGAAAUGGCUCCUCCGUGCCGCAUUACGAUUCGACGUGGGUAUGUUCUGGAAGACGGUCUGACCAAGCUCAAUGCAAUUCGGCGGGACCUCAAGAAAAGAGUCCAGGUGCAUUUUAUCAACGAAGCAGGGACGGAAGAGGUCGGGAUCGACGCGGGGGGGCUCUUCAAGGAGUUUUGGACCGAGUUGAGUCAGAUGGCGUUCGAUCCCCACUACGGAUUAUUUCAGUGCUCGGACGACCACCUACUCUUUCCAAACCCAAUGUCGAGUCAAGUCCACUCGAACGACACGCUCUUGUUUGAGUUCCUCGGCAGCAUCUUGGGCAAAGCCCUCUACGAGAACAUCGUCGUGCAGCCCAAAUUUGCUCGCUUCUUCCUGUCAAAGCUUCUCGGCAACCACAACCACAUCCACGAUUUACCAUCGCUUGAUCCUGAAUUGUACAAGAACCUGAUGUUCCUCAAGGGAUACGAAGGCAACGUAGCAGAUCUUGGGCUGUCUUUUACGAUCGGUCAAGACUGCUUUGGCGUGCAUAAAGAAGUGGACCUCUUGCCGGGAGGGUCCAACGUGGGUGUCACCAACGACAAUCGCUUCCGAUACAUCCAUUUGGCUGCAAAUUACUACUUGAAUGUGCAGAUCCGCCACCAAAGCGCCGCCUUCUUGGCCGGACUGAGCGACGUCGUGAACGUCAGGCUACUGCACAUGUUCAACGAACCCGAGCUCCAAGUUCUAAUCUCGGGGUCACCCAGCGCUUUCGACGUCGAGGUUAUGCUCCAAUACGAUGAUGGAAGGAACCAUUUCGAAUGUUUCGUGCCUUGUAUAGGACUUGAAGUCGGCGACGACUUUGACGGGAGGGUACUUUUCCCAGGACAAGCGCAUUGGGUGGCUGUGGAAGGCGCUUGAGAGCUUUACGCCGAGUGAGCGCGCACUCUUUCUCCGCUUUGUAACGUCAUGCCAACGGGCUCCGAUUUUGGGGUUUCAUUCGUUGCAUCCUCCCUUUUGUGUGCAAAAGAUCUCGAUUCGCUGCGAUGACGACAAGUUGCCGUCUGCCGCCACGUGUUUCAACACGCUUAAACUUCCCACGUACUCGAGCUACAAAGUGCUGCGGGAGAAGCUGCUCACUGCCAUCACGUCCGGCGCUGGCUUUGAAAUGACGUAGGAGUUGCACCUGCGAAAGGUGCACGCUGCUUGUACAUGCAAAGGGAAUAUGUUUCUGUACACGAUCGAGUGUUGCGGACCGGGA